CUUGUCUUCAGACCGUUACAUUAUCAGGUCACAGUGGGAACUUUACAUGCAGAUGACAGUAGACAAUGUUUACCUUUGGAUUUGUACAUGUAAUAGUGAUAUAUUUGCACAUAGCUACCAUCAAAACUCAAGAUGAAUAUAGAGAUCCUCAUUGUGAUGGAAAACAGGUCAUAGUUGAAUUGUUCGAAUGGCGGUUUGCUGACAUUGCUAAUGAAUGCGAACGAUUCUUAGGCGACAAAGACUUUUGCGGUGUCCAGGUUUCACCAGUCACUGAACAUGUGGCAAUUUUUGAUCGGCCUUGGUAUGAGAGGUAUCAACCAGUCAGUUAUAAAAUCGAAUCGAGGAGUGGAAACGAAACUGAAUUCAAAGAUAUGGUAGAUCGUUGUAAAAAUAUAGGAAUCAGAAUCUACGUUGACGUCGUUCUAAACCAUAUGACUGAACCAAGCAUGAAUAACAAAGGCAUUGCAGGUUCGACUUUUAACUCUACUAGCCUUGAGUUUCCUGCUGUACCGUACGACAGAUCACAUUUCAAUGCCCUGAACAAGUGCCCAUCACAGGAUGGAAAUAUUCACAGUUAUAACCAACCUGAUGAAAUCCGGAAUUGUUCUUUAGACAAAUUACCAGACUUAGACCAAAGUCAACCAUUCGUUCGCAAAAAAAUUGUUGAUCUGCUGAAUCACUUGAUAGAUUUAGGAGUUUCCGGGUUCAGGGUUGAUCGUGCAAAGUUUAUGCAUCCGGAAGACAUUUUAGCCAUAGAGAAACUUACAAAAAAUAUUACAGAUGGCGGGGAACCUUUCUUUUUCAAUCACGUCGAAGAUUACAACCAAGAUUCAAUCAAAAGUAGCGAAUACUAUCCGAAUGGACGCGUCACUGAGUUUCAAUUUGGUAGGAAACUGGCCGCAGGAAUUAAUAAUUUCACAUUAUUAAAUGGUCUUCGAUAUCCUUCAUCAGGAAUGGCUGACUCAGCCCAUGCCUUUGUUUUCGUCGAUAACCAUGACAACCAAAGAUCCGAUAUAAGUAAUAUUUUAACCCAUAAAACACCGCGUGAGUAUAAAAUGGCAAAUGCAUUCAUGUUGGCAAAUAAUUAUGGAUUUACUCGAGUAAUGAGUAGCUAUUAUUUUGGCGACGAUACGAAUUUAAGUCCACCACAAUAUACGAAUAACAGUAUGAAAGAUCCUAUAACAUCUAUCAAACAACAAGGUACAUGCGGACAUGGUUGGGUAUGCGAGCACAGAUGGCCUUCAAUAGCUAACAUGGUAGUUUUCCGCAAUGCUGUAGAAGGAACGUGGAAAACACAUUGGAGAAACCAAAACAAUCAACUGUCAUUUGCGCGUGGUACAAAAGGAUUUUUCGCCAUGGCCAAAAACGGCAAAAUGAAUGAAACUUUAGAUACAGGACUUCCGGCUGGAGAGUACUGUGACCUUAUUACCGACUGUACGAAAACAGUUACUGUGGAAGCAAACGGAUCUGCACGCAUUGAAAUUGACAACGCUGAUAGACCAAUACUAGCGUUUAUAGUAGAUGGUCCACUUGCAAAGCCAAAUACGCAUUUUGGAUGGCAUACGGGAAAUGUUAUAGGCGGAGGAAGUUUCAGUAAAAGUACAACUAAAAAAGAAACAACGACGGUACCAGUCUCGUCGACUGUCACCGGUAGUAUUACUGCUACAGGAGAAGUGACUGACACCACGUCACGUGUUGUGACAAUGAGCUCUCAAACAACUAAUCCUAGCACAAUCUCCACUGCCAUAACAACUAGUUCUGCGACUCCAGUGCAAACUACCACGACUUCGUCAAAGUGUAAUGACACUCGGAGGACUGUUAUUUUUUUCCAAAAGUACACUGUGUCUGGACAAUACGUUUUCAUUCGAGGUGGUAUAGAUGAACGUCACAGAUCAGGUUGCAAAGGUGUUCCAGUGGCAUCAGUCAGUAAUUGUUCUAUACCAAUACAAAGCCACGAUCUUGGAUCAAGCGGACAUUAUGACGCGUAUAAUGCAUGGCGAAAAGGAGACAAGUACUUAGAUUGGCAUGGACAGGAGCCUAAUCAAGGUACAUUUCAAGAAAAAAGCGCUCCUGGAACACCCGCAGUCUGGACCACUAACAACCGAAAUGAUGGAAGAUACAACAAACUUAAUACAUUUGGAGAACAUUACUGGUUGGUGGACAUCGAUAUGGAUUGUUGCAAGACAAUAAACGAUUGGUUCGAAGUGAAAGCUUUUAUGGAUAAUCAUGCAAACAAUAAGAAUAUACUUGAUAAGGGAAUUUGGGAAAGUGAUAUAUUGCAAGGAUUCAGUCCUUGCAGUGGAUCCGAAACAACACCGUACGAAAACGUCAAUCACUGGGCUAAAUGUGGAAUGAUGAAUGUCUUUCAUUUCAAUCAAAAAGCUUGUCAAAUAUAUCCAUUAAAUUAG